AUGGCUUCCCUUUCAUCCUCGAAUACUUCAGAAAAGCCAUCAGAGGCCUCGUUGCCCCUUGGUAUCUUCUCUCCUCCACGGAAUUCCUACGAAUGGAAGAGAGCCCUUGCCAAUGUGAAAUGGCUAUGUUUCAACCACCAAUACAAACAAUGUGUCUUGCGUUGCAAUCAGCUCAUAGACACCGCGUCCAAUCCGCUCCAUCCGAUCCGUGCGACCUACCUCCACUAUUAUGCAGCCACCUCAUAUGAGUAUAUGGGACGAGCAGCUCACAUCUUUUCGGCUGUCAAAGUCCCGCUUCUGACUUCUGCCAUGGAGCAGUUUCAGACUGCCUAUGAAUCUUUGCCAGCCGCUAUCCCGCUGCCGGUUCUGAAUCCCAACCAGACAUACUCGCCAGUUACUUUUCUCCAUUCGCCUAACUCGUCUCCUCGGUCUUCUGUGACUACUGUUGUAUGGAGUCCACCUUUGUUGGACCGUGAUGUUGCUCCAGGUCCUGGUCCUGGUCCGAAUUCUGAAGCUCUGUCAGUUGAGAAUCUGUCGGCUCAUAAUGCUGGGCUGGCUCGCACACCUCCUUCGCCUGUCCCUUUUCCUUCUUCCUCUUCCAACUCGACUAUUACCACUGCUUUCUGUGUCACACCACCUCCUGCUGCUCGGGAAGUCUCACGUCUUGACUAUGAUGCUCCUCCUCCGGCUUUUCAUAUUCCACCUCCAACGCGCAAGCCCCCUCCUCCACCAAGCGAUGUUUCUCCUCGCCCAGCUACGAGAGACCAAUUGAUCUCUUUUAAUAGUGACAGAGAUGGGCUUCCCAGCGGGGGAUCUAUCGUCCGAAGCAUUGCCCUAAUGAUUGAUAGCUCUAUUAUGGCGGGAGGCGACGACCCUUUUGUGACCCGCACGCCGCCAAAACCUCGCAUCCCAAAUCAGCCACCAAUGCGUCUGUCUCCGAUCAAGUUUCCAGCUGGACUUGAGGAUCCAGUAAAGCGUAGCGCGCUUAUCCCACCCCCACUUGCAAUCCGGAAGAGCUCCGGUGAAGUGCACAUGUGCAACAGCUCUACAAUGGUAACCUGCAGAGAUCCAGAGCAGGAGACAUCCAAGUCUGAGGUGAAUCGACCUGUCCGAGCUCGCCCUCCCCGGCUGCCCUUGAAGAUAAACCCAACGGGGCACCUGAAUGCUAACACAGAGAAGACAAACUUUCUAACCCUAGCACCGCAGCCUAAGUGUCUAGGUCCCGUCCUCCCUUCGCCCAUGACCACGCCUCCACCAACACCCACCCCCAUCUUGAGAAAAAAGGUCCCCUUCCUAGGUUCGCCAUUUACCAGCCGCGCAGGCUCGCCUGAGCAGAAAAGCACCAAGUGGCUCUCAUCGCGGUCCACAAAGCCUUCCCCCGCACCUGUCAGCGCCGCGCGCGUCGCCCAGAUCAAUGAGUUCAACAGCGCCGUUAAGUGGCUCCGUGAGCACAUUCCCGCCGACGUUACCGGGCUCCGCAAGCAGAUCAAGCAUGUCGCGGACCUUCAGCAGGCUCGUCGCUCUCGCAAUACGACCAUGGCCCGCUCUGCCUCCUUCUGGACUUUUUCUCCCGUCAAGUCUAAUCCCGGUGAACCACAGGAACCUCCUGUGAUCGAGGGACCUAACAUUGAUGGGUAUGGAAACGUUAUUCGGAUUGAGACUAAGGUGCAGCGCAUUAAGCGCCUCAGGGAAGAGAAUUGGAGGAUUGGUAUUCGGUCAAAGCAUAGUCUCUGGAAGGGAACUGAGUACUAUGACCAGCUUUGCCAAACUGCUUUGGCCGAGCUUGGUGAGACGGGUUAUGGAUCUCGCGAAUGGUUCAAGCGGUGA